AUGUUGAGAAACUUUUCCAGAUCUGCGUCCCGUGUGGCCAGAACCGGGCCCGUUUUUGCUCGUUCUCUUUCGACCAUUGCUCUCAACUCAACCACCGACUCGUACCCCACAAAUCACUUGGAGAAGGGUACUGAACCAUACUUGACCCCUUCGUUCAUCGACAACCAGUUGGUCAAGUCUGACUCCAAAACCUGGUUCGACAUUCACGAUCCAGCCACCAACGAGGUCAUCUCGAAGGUUCCUCAGCUGACUGCUCAGGAACUUGACGAUGCCAUUGCAUCUGCCGACAAGGCCUUCCACGAGUGGAAGAACUACUCCAUCAUCAAGAGACAAGGUAUUGCCUUCAAGUUCGUCGAGUUGUUGAAGAAGAACCACGACAGACUUGCCGGUAUGAUUGUCUUGGAACAGGGUAAGACCUUCCCUGACGCCAAGGGUGACGUUUUGCGUGGUUUGCAAGUUGCCGAAGCUGCUUGUAACGCCCCUAACGACUUGAUGGCCUCUUCUUUGGAGGUUGCCACCGACAUGGAGACCAAGAUGGUGAGAGAGCCAUUGGGUGUCAUUGGCUCGAUCUGUCCUUUCAACUUCCCAGCCAUGGUCCCAUUGUGGAGUUUGCCAUUGGUGCUUGUCACUGGUAACACUGCCGUGAUCAAGCCUUCCGAGAGAGUGCCAGGUGCCGCCAUGAUCAUUGCCCAGUUGGCUGCCGAGGCCGGUGUUCCUCCUGGUGUCUUGAACAUUGUGCACGGUAAGCACGACACUGUGAACAAGAUCAUCGAGGACCCAAGAGUCAAGGCCGUCAACUUCGUUGGUGGUGACAAGGCCGGUAAGUACAUCUACGAAAAGGGUACUUCUUUGGGCAAGAGAGUUCAGGCCAACCUUGGUGCUAAGAACCACUUGAUCGUGUUGCCAGAUGCCGACAAGAACCACUUCAUCAACGCCGUCAACGGUGCUGCUUUCGGUGCUGCCGGUCAGAGAUGUAUGGCUAUUUCUGUGCUUGUCACUGUCGGUGAGAAGACCAAGAAGUGGGCCGAGGAGGUUGCUGCUGACGCUGCCAAGUUGACCACAGGUUCCGGUUUCGACUCCAAGUCUGACUUGGGUCCUCUCGUGAACCCUGAGUCCUUGACCAGAGCCAAGGAGAUCAUUGCCGACUCUGAGAAGCAGGGUGCCAAGAUCAUUCUUGAUGGUAGAAACUUCAAGCCCUCUGACCCCAAGUUCGAGAAGGGUAACUUCUUGGGUCCAACCAUCUUGACCGACGUCAAGCCUGGUAUGAGAGCAUACGACGAGGAGAUUUUUGCCCCUGUUUUGGCCGUGGUCAAUGUCGACACUUUCGAUGAGGCCAUUAAGUUGGUCAACUCCAACAAAUACGGUAAUGGUGUUUCGUUGUUCACCAGCGCAGGCGCCGCUGCACAGAAAUUCACCAAGGAGAUUGCCUGUGGCCAGGUUGGUGUGAAUGUUCCUAUCCCAGUGCCAUUGCCAAUGUUCUCCUUCACUGGUAACAAGGCCUCGUUCUUGGGUGACUUGAACUUCUACGGUAAGGCUGGUGUGACCUUCUUGACGCAGCCAAAGACCAUCACCUCGCUCUGGAAGACCAGCAACGUGGACCAGGUUUUGGCUCCAUCCACUGCCAUGCCCACCCAACACUAA